AUGAUAACAAGAUCAUCAAUCUCGUGGUUUCUCUACAGUGUCCUGGUGAUUGCUCGCAUUACUAUUGGUCCCUUUCUCAAUGGAUAUGUACACCCUGAUGAACUCUUUCAAUCGGGACAAGAGAUUUGGUACGGGACUCCUCCCAUUAUAGCAUGGGAAUUUGAACCAAAGAAUGCCCUACGAUCGGUACUCCCACCAGGAAUCAUGACGGGGAUUCCGCUCCAAAUAUAUGGGAUGAUGAUAAAGGCAAUGCUGAAUGAUGGCAAGCAUAUAGAAUUCUCAGGUCGAGAAGUAUUGUGGAUUCCACGAUUUGCCUGUGCCAUCUUUUCGGUUCUAGCUGUGGAUUGGAGUAUUUAUGCCGUCGUGGUUUCGGCAAUGAAAUCAAGAAAUGGUGAUGAUUCUUCGAUAUCAUCAUCACUCUCAGUUUCGUUGCUUCCGCUCUUGCUGCUUGCCAGUUCCUGGCCCACCAUGGUCCUGCUCAAUCGGCCAUUUUCCAAUUCCAUGGAGACGUGCUGUGUGGCACUCCUGGUUGCCUCGAUACUUCCAAAAAAGAAGCAAGCGAUAUCGAAUCGAACAUGUGUCUACGUUGGCAUGCUGUGUGCAUUGGGAAUCUUUACCAGAUUUACCUUUUUGUUUUUUGCCAUUCCAGUCAUGCUGUUGUUCCUGUACGACCUACUAUGUGGAGAAAAGAACAAGAGGAAUACAAUCAAGAGCGUCAUGGUGACGACAAUUGCCUUUUUCAUUGUCAGCUUUGUCCUUAUAUUGGCCGAUACCCUAUUCUACUCAUCGGACUACUUUUCCAAUACGGAUGAUGAUGCAUGGACUUCCUUAUUAUCGACAAAAGACUUGGUGGUGACUCCAUGGAAUGCACUCAUGUACAAUUCCAAGGUCUCCAAUCUAAAAGAGCAUGGCUUGCAUCCUCGUUGGACUCACGGGUUGGUAAACAUGUUUAUCCUCUUUGGUCCAUUGACUAUUGUCGGGUAUUGGAACAUUAUUAUUUGUAUUAUUAUUAUUGCUUCCACAUUCAAUCCAAGGAAGCAGCAAAACCAACAAUUUACCAAUGAUAAUGAUUCACAGCAACGGAAGCAUCGCACCAACAAAUUGGCAUGUUGGAUGAUUGUUUCAGGUCUGGGAUUCUUGUCCUUGGCACCACAUCAAGAACCUCGAUUCCUAUUGCCCUUGUUGGUUCCAUUGGUGCUCUUGGUAACUUCCACCACUAGCAACGCUAUUUGGAAGGAACGCCAAUGGCUUCAAGUGCUGGCUGCAACUGUUUGGAUUGUCUUCAAUCUUGUUCUGUUCACCUUGUUUGGUGUCCUGCAUCAAUCGGGAGUCGUUCCAUCAUUGAUUCAAUUGGGCCAAGAAGUCAUGAGUUUUCAGCAUCAGCAACCAACAACAAUUGUGUACUACCAUACGUACAUGCCGCCAUCCUUUUUGCUUCGGCAAGCGACUGGGGAUGAUGAAACAUGUGUCCUCAAUACUGGCCAAGAACAAAAGGCAGAAGGAUUCUGUGCAACAACAACAACAACAACAACAAGCAGUCUUGUCGAUUUGAAUGGAUCGGAUUGGGCUUCACUGGAGCAAGCACUGGACGCACACCUUGGUUGCAAGGACGAAUCAGAUACUGUUGUUGUAUUGGUCAUGCCCACCAUGAUUCGAGAACCUGAUGGAAACGCCAGCAACGACCAAUCAUCUUGGUUAUUCACACCCGAUGAGUGCGAAAUGCCUGGAACAAGCUACGAUUGCCAAUUGUUGACUAGCCAUGGAAACCAUCUCAGUACUGAGGAUCUUCCACCAUUUGGUGAAUCGCUCACUCAGUUCUACCACAACAUGGCUCUGAAUGUAUACCAAGUCUCUUGUAGUGGUAGUAGCAGUUAG